CUCGUCUCUAGGAAGUUGAGAAGUACGGAAGCAGACGCUUCGGUGGUGAAAGGCUUUAGUUUUUCUUCUGUAUAUACAACAUUAUGGACUGGAAUGGGCAAAAUGAAUGUUCCACUCAGAGUCAAUUGGGCAGUGAUUUCCAAGAACAUGGUGCCCACUGUCAAGGGCAUGGUGCGCAUGGGCAUGGGGCGCACGGGCAUGGGCAUGGACAUUGGCAUGGACACGGUGCAAUGGUACAUGGCUUCAUGUCUGGAAUGAGCACACAGUUUGGGCCAGGCCCUGACAUCACAAUGGACCCCACAAAACAACCAAAAAGGCGACCGCAUAUGGAUGACAGCAGUAGCUGGGACAUUGUAAAGGCCACUCAGUUUGGCAUCCUGGACCGAUGUAAGGAACUAGUUGAUGCAGGGUACGAUGUACGGCAGCCAGACAAGGAGAAUGUCACUCUGUUGCAUUGGGCUGCCAUCAACAACAGGGCUGAGAUUGUCAAGUAUUACAUUUCUAAAGGUGCCAUUGUUGACCAGUUAGGAGGUGAUCUUAAUUCAACACCCCUGCAUUGGGCCAUAAGGCAGGGCCACCUCCCCAUGGUGAUCCUCUUACUACGGCAUGGGGCUGACCCUUCACUGUCUGAUGGAGAGGGCUUUUGUAGCCUCCAUCUAGCUGUACUUUUCCAGCACAUGCCUAUUGCUGCCUACCUGAUGGCCAAGGGACAGGAAGUUGAUUGUCCAGAUCUUAAUGGUCAAACUCCAUUGAUGUUAGCGGCCCAGAAAAUUAUUGGGCCAGAGCCCACAAACUUUCUCAUGAAAUGUAAUGCAUCAGUAAGUGCGGUGGACAAGGUGAACAGAAACUCUCCACUGCACUGUGCUAUCUUGGCUGGGAAUGUAGAUGCAGUCCACAUCCUGCUGGAGGCUGGAGCCAGCGUGGAUCUGCUGAACGCCAAGGGACAGACUCCCAUCGAUCUUGCAAAUCAGGUGCACAGCCCCCUGUUGGUGCACAUGUUGAAUCAGGUCAAGCAGGAGAGGAUGAAGGCCAAUUCCAUCUUCUUCCAGAUAGUCAACAGAUACAGGUUCCACCUGCUGUUGGUGUUCUGUACAGCGGUGCUGUGGGCUGUGGGUGCUAUCACUGAUCUAAACUCUGAGUCGUGGCUGCUGAAGGGGGUUCUGCUGGCCAGCGUGCUGGGAAUGGUCAACCUCAUCACCCGAUUUAUAGUGGGCCCAGAUGUCAAUAGGCUUCUUCCAGCCACCUUCCUGAUGGCCUCUGUCUUCUUGAUGCUCUUCACAUGGUGCUUCUGGCUCAUGCCUGCAUGGCAGCCAACUGCCACAGUGAAGAUACUUUUCAGCCUGAAUGCUACUGGCUUGCUCUACUAUUACUACAGAAGCUGGAGGACAGACCCUGGGUAUAUCAAAACCCCUGAGGAGGAGAGAAAGAAGAAUGUGAUCAUGCUGGCAGAGGCAGGCUGUCUGGAUCCUAGAGUUUUCUGCACCUCCUGUAUGAUGCAGAAGCCGAUUCGAGCCAAUCACUGCUUCUCUUGUGAUUCCUGCAUUGCCAAGCAGGACCACCACUCUGUGUGGAUCAAUGGCUGCAUAGGGGCCAGGAAUCAUUCCUAUUUUGUUCUGUUCCUCUUUUUCCUUUGUCUCUUCUUCUACUGGAUAUUGUAUGGGAGCCUCACCUACUGGUCCAAGAGUUGCCAGCUGAAUUAUAUUGAAGAAGGGGCAUGGGGAGUGCUGACAGAGUUGGCUAGCUGCUCUCCUUGGGUGCUCUACAUGUUUGCCCUCACUUUCUUCCAUACCUCCUGGUCCUCCGCCAUUCUUAUGAUGCAACUCUAUCAGAUUGCCGUCUAUGGUCUUACUACCUCAGAGAGAAUUUACCUCAUGCAACGAAGGAGAAAGCCCUCACAAUCUGUUUCAUUGAGACAAAAUCCAUACAAUUUGGGUUUUGUCCGAAACCUAGUAAACUUCUUCCAGCUGCGCUGCUGUGGACUCUGCAAGCCUGUUGUGGUGGACUGGACCCAACAAUUCUCCUUAGGCUCAGACUGCCCUACGCUCAGUGGCUUUAAUACAGUCUGACCUUGUUGGCUGCUGUACAACACAGUAACAAACAAGAAGAGCUAGCCGUUUUUUGGCUCUCAGUUUUAGGAUUUAGGUUGGUUUUGUUUCUGUAUGUGUGUUCAAACCAUAAGAAAGAAGUGAUUUAAAGAAACUGAGUGAUUUACUUUUGUAACAACUGCCUUAUAUUGUAAUAUAUUAAUCUACAAAUAAGACUUUAUAAAUCUGAUGUUAUGGACUAUCCUGUGUACUUUAUAAGUAAAUUAUGCUUGAAAUUUCAUGAACAUUUUAUAUAGAGAUUAUUUUGAUCCGUAUUUUCCCCCCCCCAACAUUUGUGAAACAAUACCUUAAAUAUUUUUAUGAAUAGCUCACUCUUUUUAUACUGAAUGUAUUGUAUAUGAAAUAAGUGAUCAGCUGGAAAAACACUUUUAAUAUACAUUUUUGUUACUGGA